ACCCCCAUCCCACCUCAUGCUGAUUUUUUUUCAUAUAUGUAUAUAUAUUUUUUUGCCUGUCCUCUUCGGGGAAGUUUGUAUGGAGCUUCUAGCUCACAUGCGAGAUCAGAAUGGUGUGAAUGACAGCCGCACUGUGUCAUGAAGGUGGUGUCGGUUUCAGCCCAAGAGACCAAAUAAGAAGAAAGCUGAGAAAGGGGGGAAACGUUUUUGGAUGACAAAGGAUGGGUUUCCAUUUAAUUACGCAGCUGAGAGGCAUGCGUGUGGUGCUGGUGCUACUUCCCACACUGCUGCUUGUUACGCUCGCAGGGGCUCAGAGAGCUUGCCCAAAGAACUGCAGAUGUGAUGGCAAAAUUGUGUACUGUGAGUCUCAUGCUUUUGCAGAUAUCCCCCAGAACAUUUCUGGAGGGUCACAAGGCUUAUCAUUAAGGUUCAACAGCAUUCAGAAACUCAAAUCCAAUCAGUUUGCCGGCCUUAACCAGCUUAUAUGGCUUUAUCUUGACCAUAAUUACAUUAGCUCAGUGGAUGAAGAUGCAUUUCAAGGGAUCCGUAGACUGAAAGAAUUAAUUUUAAGCUCCAACAAAAUUACCUAUCUGCACAAUAAAACAUUUCACCCAGUUCCCAAUCUCCGUAAUCUGGACCUCUCCUACAAUAAGCUUCAGACGUUGCAAUCGGAACAAUUUAAAGGCCUUCGGAAACUCAUCAUUUUGCACUUGAGAUCUAACUCACUGAAGACUGUGCCCAUAAGAGUUUUUCAAGACUGUCGAAAUCUUGACUUUCUGGAUUUGGGUUACAAUCGUCUUCGAAGCUUGUCCCGAAAUGCUUUUGCUGGCCUCUUGAAGUUAAAGGAGCUCCACUUGGAGCACAAUCAGUUUUCCAAGAUCAACUUUGCUCAUUUUCCACGUCUCUUCAACCUCCGCUCAAUUUACUUACAGUGGAACAGGAUUCGCUCCAUCAGCCAAGGCUUGACAUGGACUUGGAGUUCCUUACACAACUUGGAUUUAUCAGGGAAUGACAUCCAAGGAAUUGAGCCUGGCACGUUUAAAUGUCUGCCGAAUUUGCAGAAAUUGAAUUUGGAUUCCAACAAGCUUACCAACAUCUCACAGGAAACUGUCAAUGCGUGGAUCUCAUUAAUAUCCAUCACCUUGUCCGGAAACAUGUGGGACUGCAGUCGGAGCAUUUGUCCUCUGUUUUAUUGGCUCAAGAAUUUUAAAGGAAAUAAGGAAAGCACCAUGAUAUGUGCAGGACCUAAGCAUAUCCAGGGUGAAAAGGUUAGUGAUGCAGUGGAAACAUAUAAUAUCUGCUCUGAAGUCCAGGUGGUCAACACAGAAAGAUCACACCUGGUGCCCCAAACUCCCCAGAAGCCUCUGAUUAUCCCUAAACCUACAAUCGCCAAACCAGACCCCCUCCAGCCCACCCUUGAAGCACCAAGCCCUUCCCCAGGGUUUCAGAUUCCUGGCACAGAGCAAGAAUAUGAGCAUGUUUCAUUUCACAAAAUUAUUGCAGGGAGCGUGGCUCUCUUUCUCUCAGUGGCCAUGAUCCUCUUGGUCAUCUAUGUGUCUUGGAAACGCUACCCAGCCAGCAUGAAACAACUUCAGCAACACUCUCUUAUGAAGAGGCGGCGGAAAAAGGCCAGAGAGUCUGAAAGGCAAAUGAAUUCCCCUUUACAGGAGUAUUAUGUGGACUAUAAGCCUACAAACUCUGAGACCAUGGAUAUAUCCGUUAAUGGAUCUGGGCCCUGCACAUAUACCAUCUCUGGCUCCAGGGAAUGUGAGGUAUGAACCAUGAUCCUCCUAAAAGCAUUUCUACUGCGGGGAAGGAGAGGUAAAUGUUUGAAGCUCUAGAGGUGUCUCUAAUCCCUAGAAAGAUUAAUGACCCUUUUGCUUUUGGGUUUUGCUCAGUGUGAAAGGUUACUUAAUUAAAUUACAACCACCAGGAAAUUGACUGCUUUUUUUUUAAUGGUUGAAACGUGAAGGAAGUUCAUUCAAGGAUGAGAUUAAGUUGGAAUAAAGCACUAUGUUAAAACAUCUGUUUUUUAACAGUUUGUAUGCAGGGGUUGGACUCACAAACACACACACAAACAAAACUCUUUUCAUUCUGAAAUUUAUGUCUGGUUCUUGUUGUUUGACUUUUGUAAUGGCGUAAAGAAGGAGGGGCCAGCUUAAUUUAAAAACAAAGUGAUUUUACCAAAAUUCUAGGAGGUAACGAAGAUUUAAACCAAAGAGCAAUUUACCCAAGGGUUGAUUUUGUUGUAAAUUUUUAGUUUUAAUCAAAGCAUGCAACAGGGAUCUCACAGGGAAAACUGUUUUCUUGUUACUUGGCAUUUAGUUAUUAUACCAGCAUAGAGAAUGUCAAAGGCCUACUGUGUAAUUAGUGAUAUUAGGCUUUUAAAGGUGUCUUUCUUUUUUUUCCUUCCUUCCCUCUUUUCUUCCUUCUUUCCUUCCUUCCUUCCUUUCAUUUUUUCCUUCUCUCCUUCCCUCCCUUUUUUCUUUUUUUUAACUGGACGUAGAUCAUUUUUCAAAGGUUUUCUUAAGUGCUGGCUAUUUGUAUGUAAUCAGAAGGAAACUUAAAUUCCAUGUUUUGGCUUUGUCCCUGGUAACUAAAAUCAGGUCAUGAUGUUGUGGAUGAUUUAGCAAUAACAUAAUGACAGGCAUAACAGGGACUGUUUGUCAGUGUUGCUGUCAUCCCCAAAAGAAAUAAUAUAUGUUCUUGUUAAACUUACUGAUGCAAAUAUUUAUAAAUAAAAAGAGAGAGAUUUGAGUUCUGGGUAUUCUCUCUUUCUGUGACAUUAGCCUCAAAUGAAGGCAUUUCAUGUUGUGCUAUUUUCAUUUUCAUGAGAGUAAAUUUGGACCCAGU